AUGAGUAUAAAUGAAUACGAGAGAGUCAAAUUCAUAUUCCCUCGUUUCGAGAAAUUCAUCAUAAUGGUAUCAUAUGAGAUAAAAUAAGCAUAGGACUUUAAUACUAAAAUAGCAUUGGAGGAUUUGAAAUUUACAUUUGUUAAUGUUUUGAAGAUUGAUCUCUUUGCUCGAAAACUAGCAUUUUUUAUAACUAAAGGUUUCAAUUAAAUAGAAUUGGAUUCCUAAAAGUCUCUUUAAGGGCAAACAGUAUUAAGCAAUUUCAAAAAAGAUAAAUCUCAAAUGGAGAUUGUCGUGAAAUUUAUUGAAGAAGGAGCGUGAACUUAUUUAUAGUUAACUGUUUUAUAGUUUAUUUGUUUUC